UUUACACAGAGAAAGAAUAAGAUAUGGGAUGAUGAGUUGUUAUUAGUUACCAAGCGUAUAUUGCUGAGCAACUCGGACAUCUAUACAUUGUGGAAUAUCCGUCGCGAAGUUUUCGAAAAUAACAAAUGGAGUGAGGAAGACUAUAAGCAAUUGCUUGAAAAUGAAAUGAAUUUGACAGAGCAGUGUCUCAGGGAAAAUCCUAAAUCAUACAGUGUGUGGCAUCAAAGAUGUUGGGUAAUGGAACGGAUGUCUGAACCGGAUUGGAAGAAAGAAUUGUCUCUGUGCGCAAAAUGCCUAAACAUAGAUGAGAGAAAUUUUCACUGCUGGGAUUACAGAGAGUUUGUUGUACAAAAAGCUGGGAUUUCUAAUGAGGAGGAGUUUGAGUUCUCCACCACAAAAAUAUUGAAUAACUUUUCAAAUUAUUCGUCCUGGCACUACAGAAGUCGAAUAUUAACCAAAAUGUUUGGCACUAUGUACGAAGAGAUACCAAUUAUAGAUGAAAAGUAUAGAGAAGAGCUGGAUCUAGUCAUGAAUGCAACGUUUACCGAUCCCAAUGAUACUAGCGCAUGGUUCUAUCAAAGAUGGCUUUUAGAUAAGUGCAUAACAACUUGUAGAUUGUGGCGUGCUCAAAUUGGAAAAGAUUCCGCUGUUAUUGUUAUCGACAACAAUAUACUGAUUAAACCAAUUUCUCUCUCAUUAUACGUGAAUGGCAAAACUCUUGAUGUACAAUGGCAAUCAUAUCCAAAUGAGAAAUUUGCCAAGUUACAUAUAGCAGAGUUUGCUAGUCCUUUGGAAGAUUUAGAGCAUACCAAAGAAGUUUCUGUAAAACUGCAAGAAACAAUGUAUCAGCUUUCGUAUUCGGAGAUGGAAGGUACAUGGAUUUACAAAGAUAAAUCGAUUUUGCACAAACAAAAUAGCAACGAUAAACAAUUGAACGAACAAUUAAAAAGUUACAAUAAACUUUCUGAAAUGGAACCAAAUAAUAAGUGGGCCUUAUUAACUGGUAUAUUACUGAUGAAAAAGAUCGAUUUCAGGAAAUUUUAUAUUGAUAUAUUAAAUAAUCUGACAGCACUAUUGAAAGUCGAUAGUCUUCGCAGGAAUUACUACAAAGAUUUGCGAAGCAAACUCUUAACAGAAUAUAAAUUACUCGAAACAUGGAAGGAAGAAGAUAAUUUAGAGAUACAAACAAAAAUUGAUUUAUCAGGUUUAGAUUUAACGAAAGUACACAAUAAUUACUAUUUUAGCUUUUUCAAGGAUGUAGACUUUAGCGCAAAUCAGUUAGAAAAUUCCUUACAUCAGCUUAUCACAUUACAACGAUGCACAAAAUUAUCACUGUCCAACAAUGGCUUAACAUCAUUGAAACGUUUUCCUACUCUACACAAUCUCGAAGAACUCUCUUUGAAAAAUAACAAGUUAGUAAACACGGAGGAGAUAGCCAACCUAAUAAAACGACAUAAAAAUUUGAAAAGACUAGAUUUACGAAAUAAUCCAAUAUGUGAAGAGAUCGAUAUAACUAAAAUUCAGGGUGUAAAUUCUCACAUAGAAAUAUGUUUAAAAUAACAUUAGGGAAAACAUAUAAUAAUUAAUAAAACAUAUUUGUAAUUAUAACUUUUAUGCAAUCUGUUGUCUGCUGUUUUUACUAUUUUUAUCACAUAGAUAUUAAAUCAAAUUCGGAUACAAGUAAACGAUUUUAUCACAGCAACUUAAUUGUAAUAUCACGUAUCAUAUUUGUUCAUUCUGACAUAAGAAAAGGCUCCCAUACAUCACUACAACAUUACCUUUUUCUGUGCUUUUACAUAUCUGUGAUGGGCUCUUUAUAAAUACAGGCAAAUUAAUAAAACUGCGA